UGCGCCUAGGCCCGGCACGGGAAACCCCUGGAGGCAGUGGUGGCCGCAGCAGAGCCAUGGUUGCCGAGGCGCGGUUUUGGGGGGUCCACGCUGGUGGCUGCCAGGACGAGGCGGGGUCCCGGAAGCGCUCCAGCGCGCUGCAGCCACCGCUCCCGCCUUUCUCCUUCCUUCUUUUGUUGUUGCUGGCGGCGCACGGCGUUUGGGCCGCCGGAUACCAGACAUGCCCCAAGGUGGAGCCGGACAUGCUGAACGUGCACCUGGUGGCCCACACACAUGAUGACGUGGGCUGGCUCAAGACUGUGGACCAGUACUUUUAUGGCAUCCAGAACGAUGUCCAGCAUGCGGGCGUGCAGUACAUCCUAGACUCAGUCAUCUCCUCCCUGCUGAUGGAGCCCACUCGCCGCUUCGUCUAUGUGGAAAUUGCCUUCUUCUCCCGUUGGUGGCACCAGCAGACAAAUGCAACGCAGGAAAUGGUGCGGAACUUGGUGCGCCAGGGACGCCUAGAGUUUGCCAACGGCGGCUGGGUGAUGAACGAUGAGGCGGCAACUCACUACGGAGCCAUCAUCGACCAGAUGACUCUUGGCCUACGUUUCCUGGAGGACACGUUUGGCAGCGACGGGCGCCCCCGUGUGGCCUGGCACAUUGACCCCUUUGGCCAUUCUCGGGAGCAGGCCUCGCUCUUCGCGCAGAUGGGUUUUGACGGCUUCUUCUUCGGGCGCCUGGAUUAUCAAGACAAGAACGUGCGGAAGAAGAAGCGGCAGAUGGAGCAGUUGUGGCGGGCCAGUGCCAGCCUGAAGCCCCCCGCCGCCGACCUCUUCACCAGUGUGCUCCCCAACAUGUACAACCCACCCACUGGUCUGUGCUGGGAUACGCUGUGUGCAGACAAGCCCUUUGUGGAGGACCCGCGCAGCCCAGAAUACAAUGCCAAGGAACUGGUCCGUUACUUCCUGGAGUUGGCCACUGCCCAGGGCCAGUAUUACCGCACCAACCACACUGUGAUGACCAUGGGCUCGGACUUCCAGUACGAGAAUGCCAACAUGUGGUUCAAGAAUCUUGACAAGCUCAUCCAGCAGGUCAAUGCCCAGCAAAAGGCCAACAGGAGCCGCGUCAAUGUUCUCUACUCCACUCCCGCCUGUUACCUCUGGGAGCUGAACAAGGCCAACCUCACCUGGUCAGUGAAAGAGGAUGACUUCUUCCCCUACGCCGACGGCCCCCACAUGUUCUGGACUGGUUACUUUUCCAGCCGGCCCGCUCUCAAACGCUACGAGCGCCUCAGCUACAACUUCCUGCAGGUGUGCAACCAGCUGGAGGCACUGGUGGGUCCAGCAGCCAACAUGGGACCCUAUGGUUCCGGAGACAGCGCACCCCUCAAAGAGGCGAUGGCCGUGCUCCAGCACCACGAUGCGGUCAGCGGCACCUCGCGGCAGCAUGUGGCCAACGACUACGCACGCCAGCUGGCCGAAAGCUGGGGGCCUUGCGAGGUUCUCCUGAGCAAUGCGCUGGCGCAGCUCAGCGGCUCCAAGAAGGAUUUCGUGUUCUGCCGCGAGCUCAACAUCAGUGUCUGUCCCCUCACCCAGAACGCGGAGAAAUUCCAGGUGACCAUUUAUAACCCCCUGGGGCGGAAAGUGGAUUGGAUGGUGCGGCUGCCUGUCAGCGAACACGUUUACCUUGUGAAAGAUCCCAGUGGCACAGUUGUGCCCAGCGAUGUGGUGACAGUUCCCAGCUCAGACAGUCAGGACCUGCUUUUCUCAGCCUCAGUGCCUGCCCUCGGCUUCAGCAUCUACUCAGUAACUCAGGUGCCUGGCCAACGUCCCCAGGCCUAUGACCGCCAUCCCAGAUCCCAGAAACCCUGGUCCCGUGUCUUGGUCAUCCAGAAUGAGCACAUCCGGGCUAGGUUUAAUCCUGACACAGGGCUCUUAAUGGAGAUUGAGAACCUGGAUGAGAACCUUCUGCUGCCUGUUCGCCAAGCCUUCUACUGGUACAAUGCCAGUAUGGGCAACAACUUAAGCUCGCAGGCCUCAGGUGCCUACAUCUUCAGACCCGAACGACAGGAACCACUGCUUGUCAGCCACUGGGCUAAAACCCACCUCGUGAAGACAGACUUGGUGCAGGAAGUGCACCAGAACUUCUCAGCCUGGUGUUCCCAGGUGGUUCGCCUAUAUCCAGGACAGCGGCACCUGGAGCUAGAGUGGACGGUGGGGCCCAUACCUACAGGUGACAGCUGGGGGAAGGAGAUCAUUAGUCGCUUUGACACUACCCUGGAGACAGAUGGACUCUUCUACACAGACAGCAAUGGCCGGGAGAUCCUGGAGAGGAGGCGGGAUUAUCGACCCACGUGGAAGCUCAACCAGACUGAGCCAGUGGCGGGAAACUACUAUCCAGUCAACAGCCGCAUAUACAUCACGGAUGGGAAGACACAGCUGACUGUGCUGACUGACCGCUCCCAGGGGGGCAGUAGCCUGGGUGACGGCUCCUUAGAGCUCAUGGUCCACCGAAGGCUGCUGGUAGACGAUGCACGUGGAGUAGGGGAGCCGCUGCUGGAGGAGGGGUCGGGGCUGUGGGUGCGAGGGCGCCACCUCGUGCUGCUGGACAAAGCCCGGACCGCAGCCUCCGGGCACCGGUUGCAGGCGGAGAAGGAGGUCCUAGCCCCGCAGGUGGUGCUGGCCCGGGGUGGCGGUGUCCCCUACUGCCUCAAGGUCGCCCCACGCACGCAGUUCUCUGGGCUGCGCAGAGAACUGCCUCUCUCGGUACAUCUACUCACGUUGGCCCACUGGGGCCCAGAGACGCUGCUGCUGCGCUUUGAGCACCAGUUUGCCGUAGGGGAGGACGCGGGCCGCAACCUGAGCUCCCCAGUGACCUUCGACUUGACGAACCUGUUUUCCACUUUCACCAUCACCUCCCUGCGGGAGACCACGCUGGCGGCCAACCAGCUCCAGGCCCACUCCUCCAGGCUCAAGUGGACAGCAAACACGGGCCCCACACCCCAUCCUCCUCCUUCCCGGCUGGUGUCUGCCACCAUCACAUUGCAGCCCAUGGAAAUCCGAACCUUCUUGGCCUCCGUCCAAUGGGAAGAAGACUGCUAUACCCACUGGGGGCCAGAUGCCCCCUUCUGAGCCUAAGUUCCUUCCUCCAGGGGUAGGGCAAACUCUCCCCCUUUUGCUGAUGCCACCGCCACCACCACCACAAGCCAUUAAAAUGCCACUACCAAGACUCGGGUCAAGGUCUAA